GCGCCGCGCCGUCCUCCUGCCCAGCUCGGCGCUCGCGCUCCCCUCGCCUCCUGCGUGCGCUUCCCCCGCCGCGGCGAUGCCAGGGCCCUCGCCAGGGCUGCGCCGGGCGCUGCUCGGCCUCUGGGCUGCGCUGGGCCUGGGGCUCCUCGGCCUCUCAGCGCGCGCCCAGGAGCCCUUCUGGGCGGACCUGCAGCCCCGCGUGGCGCUUGUGGAGCGUGGGGGGUCGCUGUGGCUGAACUGCAGCACCAACUGCCCGCGCCCCGAGCGGGGCGGCCUGGAGACCUCGCUGCGCCGGAACGGGACCCAGCGGGGGCUGCGCUGGCUGGCGCGGCAGCUGGUGGACAUCCGCGAGCCCGAGACGCAGCCCGUCUGCUUCUUCCGCUGCGCGCGGCGCACGCUGCAGGCGCGUGGGCUCAUUCGCACUUACCAGCGACCCGAUCUAGUGGAGCUGAUGCCGCUGCCCUCCUGGCAGCCCGUGGGCGAGAAUUUCACGCUGAGUUGUAGGGUCCCCGGCGCCGGGCCCCGUGGGAGCCUCACUCUGAUCCUGCUCCGGGGCGCCCAGGAGCUGAUCCGCCGCAGUUUCGCCGGAGAGCCACCCCGAGCGCGGGGCGCGAUGCUCACCGCGACGGUCCUGGCGCGGAGGGAGGACCACGGGGCCAACUUCUCCUGCCGCGCCGAGCUGGACCUGCGGCCCCACGGUCUGGGGCUGUUUGAAAACAGCUCGGCCCCCAGAGAGCUGCGAACCUUUGCCCUAUCUCCCGACCCGCCACGCCUCACCGGCCCCCGCCUCCUGGAAGUGGGCUCAGAAAGGCUAGUGAGCUGCGCCCUGGAGGGACUAUUUCCAGCCUCGGAGGCUGGGGUCUAUCUGGCGCUGGGCAACCAGAGGCUGAGUCCCAAUGUGACCCUCGAAGAAGAGGCGCUCCUGGCCACGGCCACCGCCACAGCAAGCACGGAGCAGGAGGGCGCCAGGGAGUUGGUCUGCAACGUGACCCUAGGGGGCGAGAGCAGGGAGAGCAGAGAGAACGUGACGGUCUACAGCUUCCCAGCGCCCCGCUUGACCCUGAGCGAACCCAGUACCCUCGAGGGGACAGUAGUGACAGUGACCUGCUCAGCCGGGCCCGGAGCCCUCAUCACACUGGACGGCGUGCCAGCUGCGGUCCCAGGGCAGCCAGCCCAGCUCCAACUCAACGCCACGGAGGACGACGACGGGCGCAGUUUCGAAUGUGAGGCCGCUCUGGACGUGGAUGGGGAGGCCGUGCGCAAAAAUGCCAGCGCCCAUCUGCGCGUACUCUACGCACCCCGGCUGGAAGAUUGGGACUGUCCCAGGAACUGGACGUGGCCAGAGGGUCCCGAGCAAACGUUGCGCUGCGAGGCCCGCGGAAAUCCGGAGCCCUCGGUGCACUGCGCGCGGCUCGACGGCGGGGCCGUGCUGGCGCUGGGCCUGCUGGGGCCGAUCACUCGUGCACUCGCCGGCACUUACCGUUGCACCGCGGUCAAUGACCUGGGCGAGGCGGUCAAGGACGUGACGCUGACGGUCGAGUACGCGCCCACGCUGGACAGUGUGGGCUGCCCCGAAGAGCUUACGUGGCUGGAAGGAACCGAGGCCUCGCUGAGCUGUGUGGCGCACGGGGUCCCGCACCCCACUGUGAGCUGCGUGCGUUCUGACGGGGGCAGCAGGCUCGCGGAGGGUCCCCUGCGUGUGUCCCGAGAACACGCGGGCACCUACCUGUGUGAGGCCACCAACGCGCGAGGAUCUGCGUCCAAAACCGUGGCGGUCACUGUGGAAUAUGGACCCAGUUUUGAGGAGUCGGGUUGUCCCAGCAACUGGACGUGGGUAGAAGGAUCUGGACGCCUGUUUUCCUGUGAGGUCGAGGGGAAGCCAGAACCAAGUGUGGAGUGUGUGGGCUCUGGGGGCACCAGCGAAGGGGUGCUACUGCCUCUGGCACAUGCAGAGCCAAGUUCUGGAGCCGCAAGCCUCCCUCAGGGCCUGGCACCUGGCAUCUACAUUUGCAAUGCCACCAACCCGCACGGUUCCAGCGUCAAGACGGUCGCCGUGAGCACGGAGUCCGCGCCACAAAUGGAUGAAUCCACCUGCCCAAGUGAGCAGACGUGGCUGGAAGGGGCGGAGGCGGCGGCUCUGGCCUGCGUCGCCCGGGGUCGCCCAGCCCCUCAAGUCCACUGCUCCCGGGAGGGUGCGCCCCGGCCUCAGCGGCUUCGCGUGUCCCGGGAGGACGCGGGCACCUACCACUGCCUGGCCACCAACGCGCAUGGCACGGACGCCCGGACCGUCACGGUGGGCGUGGAAUACCGGCCGGUGGUGGCCGAGCUGGCUGCCUCGCCCCCGGGAGGAGUGAGGCCGGGCGGCAACUUCACUUUGACCUGCCGAGCAGAAGCCUGGCCCCCAGCGCAGAUCAGCUGGCGCGCACCCCCCGGGGCACUCAACCUCGGCCUGUCCAGCAACAACAGCACGCUGAGCGUGGCGGGCGCCCUGGGCAGCCACGGCGGCGAGUACGAGUGCGCAGCCACGAACGCGCACGGGCGCCACGCGCGGCGGAUCACGGUGCGCGUGGCUGGUCCGUGGCUGUGGGUCGCCGUGGGCGGCGCGGCGGGGGGCGCGGUGCUGCUGGCCGCCGGGGCCGGCCUGGCCUUCUACGUGCAGUCCACGGCCUGCAAGAAGGGCGAGUACAACGUGCAGGAGGCCGAGAGCUCGGGCGAGGCCGUGUGUCUCAACGGCGCGGGCGGCGGCGCGGGCAGCCUAGCCACGGAAGGGGGAACCGAGGCGGCGGGCGGAGCCGAGACCUCUGUGGGGAGUGAGGUCUUCUCCAUCCAGCUGACGUCGUCGGCCUGAGCCUGUUGCCCUCACCCCGCGGGCCGGGGGUCGCCCCCGCACAGGCACACCUGGGGGCCCAACUCAUUGCUCUAUUUAUUUAUUCAACUCCAAGCGAGGGUUACCCCUCUUUUCUACCCCUCCCCAAUAAAAUUUUUAUAAAGGA